AUGGGUGGCACCGCAUCAAAGCCGGACUAUACUAGGAAUUUCGAAGUGCUGGGGGCCGGCUUUUCCAGAACCGGCACUUUGUCACUUCAAAUCGCCCUCGAGAAACUUCUUCAAGGACCGGUGGUGCACGGCGCCACAGGCUUACUGACACGGCCAGAAUCUUUCAUUAAGAAUUGGGUUCUCAUCACCCGGGCCAAAGCUGAUGGCGACCGAGAGCUCAGCCUCAAACUCUUGAGGGAAAACAUGGCGGGAUUUGUCGGUGGCACCGAUGUACCUAUUGUGUGCGUUGUGCCAGAGCUCGUCGACCUGUACCCCGAUAUGAAGGUUGUCCUUGUGACUCGAGAUCCCGAUACUUGGUGGCGCAGUUUUGGCAAUAUCCUCGACAUGUCUACAGCAUGGUACAUUCCAGUUCUGGCUUCUAUAUCGCCCACACUGAGAUGGUGGAUCCCUUUCUAUGUUGAGUGGAAAAGAAAUGCAAGCGAUCUCAUCCGCGAGGCUGGUGGACAACCAGGCGUCUUUGGUCCUCAACUCUUGGUAGCCCACGAAGAGAUGGUCAAGCGAACAGUUCCACCAGAACGCCUCUUGAUCAUGAAGUUGAGUGAUGGAUGGGAACCCCUUUGCAAAUUUCUCGGGAAGCCAAUUCCCGAUGAACCUUUCCCGCGAGUCAACGAUAUUUCCGCUGCUGAAAAGGUAGCUUCAGGGGUGGUAGUGCGAUUGUUAGGGAUGUGGUUGGCAGCUUUCUCAGUCGCUGGCGGCGUCAUCUAUCUUACGUUGAAAGCCUAUCGCUAA